UUAAUUCAGAAAAACAGCUGAUUGUUUUUCUCAGGUAAAUGCAAUAUGCUUCUGUACUGUGAUAAUAAUAAUAAAUAUCAUUAUUAUUAUACAAUGCCUAGCAGGUUAAAAAACAGAAAGCAAAUAACUUAAGAAAAUACAAUACACAUAAUCCCACAUUAAACGCUGUUUGUGACGUGAGUGCAGAUGAGCUCAAACUCACUAAAACCAAAGUUUAAACGUGGCCACAACUUAAUUACAUUUUUAAUUCUUACUCUGUCGUCACCAUCCACCACGAGAGCUCUUAUUUUGAAAUCCAGACUCGCUCAGCCAAUCGGAUGUCAGCUCCCGUUAACCGGAAGCAGUGUUAUGAAAACAUUAAACAGGCGCCUCCCUCAGUUCGGAUCGGACGCGUCAAUUCACAGGUUAAAGAUGCUGAAAGCUGUGGGACAAGUUCUGUUCUCCACCGGACUACAAAGCCCAAAGUUCACUGCGGUGGAGGGAAACAAGGCAGAGGACUAUGAGGUCCGCACCUACCACGCCACCAAGUGGAUGAGCACGUCUCUGAGCGGGAUGCAUCUGGACGCAGCCAUGAAAGACGGCUUCCGCAGACUCUUCAGCUACAUCCAGGGCAACAACCUCAAGAAGGUCAAGGUGGAGAUGACGGCCCCUGUGACGGGCCGCGUCGACCCGGGGGCCGGCCCGGCCUGCGAGUCCCAGUUCACCGUGUCCUUCUACAUCCCGGAGGAGCAUCAGGAAAACCCACCGGAGCCGAGCGACCCGCUGGUGUUUGUGGAGCACAGGGAGGAGUUCACCGCUUACGUCAGGAAGUACGGAGGCUUCUCCAACGAGAACAUGAAGCGGGAAGAGCUCCUGAAACUCCUGGAGAGCCUGCAGAGGGACGGCGUCCCGUUCGUGGACAAGCCGUAUUACACAGUCGGGUACGACAGCCCCUUCAAACUGACCAACCGCAGGAACGAGGUCUGGGUGCUGAAGAAAGAAGAGCAGCACUAGAGAGAUUUAAAGGUCACGCAGCAUCGAACCCAAGGUGGCAGAUUUUUUAUAUGAUCAUUUCACAACACUUGAUAAAUUUAACACAGCUCGUAUUAAUGACGUAUGAUGGAUUAAGAUUUAAAGGUCAUUUAAAAAAGUACUUACUUACUAUUUCUUUACAUAAGUUGCAUCAGUUUACAUUUACUUAACCAAAAAGUUACUGAAUUAGACUCCCUGUCUGAAAGCAGCUACAGUGAACUCCACCUUUAAACAGCUGGAGGAGCAAGUGGCUGCAGUGGAGUGAAUAUCUCCAGCAGAGGGAGCCAAGGAGUCAGAAGACAUUUCUCUCCUCUGCUGCUUUUUUCUUAAAGGUACAAAAAAACACUUAAAUUUCACUGAUCCGGUCAGAAUGUAACAAGCUGAUGUGGAAAUGAAGCAGUUAUGUUGUAAUACACUAAUCACUCACUACAUGUACAUGAAAACACAAAUUAUUGAUACAUGUAAGUGUUUCUUCUGUCUGUUCUGGCCACAGAGAACACUUCCUAAUGCCAUGUCAACACAAGAGAUGAUAAAGUACGAGGGUAAAUGAGGCUGUAACCCUGAGUUUGACAAAUCAAGUCGGCCUUUGAACAAAACAACCGUUUUUCCAAGUCAGGCACUUCCUCUGUGUCACAACAGUUCAUCAGAGCAAGAAAAUACAGAAGAACUUUGCCUAAAAAGCCACUUGACUCAGAGUGAAGCUUCAGCUGACCUCUUGAAUCAUUGGUGAGUGAACACAGACUGCUGGAGACAUGAUGCUAACUUGAUCUGAUCCCACUCGUCACUGACAUCUCAUCUAUCAUUUGACACUAAGUGGACUGGAGGAAUACAGCACUUAGCAAAUACCACUUGUAUUUGCUUCCAUGUUUCGAACACACACAGUCGGCACAGCUGUCAGGGCCAAUAUGAGAUUCAGGAUCUUGCCCAUAGACUGGAGGGGAUCGAACCACCGACCCUCUGGUUAGUGGACGACCCUCUUUACCUCCUAUUUACUAACAACAAACAUCCUUCUGGUGAAUUCAGCAAUCACGCCAGCAUGAUCCAAUUAUGUGAAUGAAAAAUGAAUUGUCUGGUCACAGGUGCUGAAAAAAAAGAUGCCAAACAUUUGCAUGGCAGACAUUUUUUUUUAUUAUUGUAGAUAAACACAAAAUCAAGUUCUCAUGUGUUUACAUUUUUUGUACCGUGUGUGUGUAACAUACUGACAAAGAGUGACAGUUACAAACUAAUACUCACACUCUGCCUUAAACACCACUUUACCUUUUUUAUACAUUCCAUUAUAUGAAUAUUUACAUUUUCAGCUCCUGACAGAUUGUGAAUUGUUUUUAAUCUUGAAUAAGGGACAUGAUGGAUGUUAAUAGGGAAAAAUAACAUAAGCUCUGAUGUUUGAAUCAUGGGAAAAAGUACUUUUGAAUUGUGUAAACUUUAAUAUAAUCAAUAAUAAAUAUAACGCUUCAUAAAA